UUGUCUCACCCUAGGGUGAGAUAAGGCAAUCUCACACCGGUAAAACGUGUGGAUAUCCCUGUCUAAGUUAGAUGAAAAUCCACAGCGUUCCAUUUCCUUCCUUACCAAUUGUGUGAUAUGAUGAUGACAAUCGUUUUCUUUCUGAGGUUAUUUAUGUAUACCUAGACCGUUGCUGUCCACAACCUGAUACAGUUCGAAUUUUCUAAUGCCCAGAACGGAAAAAUGGACGGUGCUGAUAUCUGGAUUCUUAACUAUUUUCCUGGGUACAAGUCUUGGAUACUCUUCCGGGGUAAUCCAUGUGGCAUUACUUGAGAAAUACAACAAAUCAAACCUCUUGACGGCCUGGGUUGGUUCUCUCUUCAGUAGUAUGUUCUGUCUCGGAGCUCCUCUCGGAAGUGCAUUGGUGAACAACUUCAGUUGUCGCGCAUGCGUCAUCAUGGGCGGAAGUCUAAACAUGGUUGGAUUUGCCUUGGCAUGCUUUGUUCCAAAGUUUGAAUUUCUAUUUUUUUCAUACGGCAUUCUUGCAGGUCUUGGCCAAUCAUUUUCUAAUAUUGGUGCAGUCGUUUCAAUCGGAUACUUCUUCAAGAAACAACGUACACUCGCUACUGGUACCAUUUUGGUGGGGACUGGACUUGGAAUUGUCAUAUUCCCGCCAUUAAUACGGAUAUUUAUUGAUCAUUAUGGACUUGACGGAGCAUUCCUCAUGCUUGGAGGUAUUUCUUUCCAGACUUGUGUCUUCGGCGCGUUACUGCGGCCACACAAGAUGGAGAUCAUGCGACAACAGGCAUUGUCGAAACAAGAAGGUGAUGUUCGUCAACUUUUAAAAUUGACAUAUAUAUGUUCCUCUGUUACGGAUUAUCUUAGUUUAUUUAAUAACACGGGUUUUGUUUUUAUGUGUCUGAGUAUAUUAUGUUGGAGUUCGGGCAUAAAUAGUUGUACACUACUGCUUCCUGACUUUUACGUAUCAACCGGUUCAUCCUCGAACGAAGGGGCCUACCUCAUGUCCUUAUUUGGUAUUGGAAGUACAUUAUCAAGAAUAUUAACUGGAAUGGCGGCGGUCGAAGGAGGAAUUGACGGAAAGUUAAUUUAUUUUGGAUCCUGGGGUAUCGUCGGGGUUCUGACUCUUUGCUUUCCCGCUAUGGCGAAGGCAUUUACAGGGAAGGUGAUUUAUGCCUUACUCUUGGGGUUAUACUCGGCAGGAACAUUUGUACUUCUCAGUCAGAUAGCAGUGGAUAUCGUCGGACUCGACAGAUUUGCUAGUGCAGUUGGCAUGGAACUGUUCGUGUGCGGUGUGGGCUUCCUGAUCGGCCCAAUAAUUGCAAGUGAGAUAGUCAGUGUGGGAGGCUACCUUCACACGUUUCUGUUCCUUGGUUGUCUUUUCGUUCUGGCAUCCGUUCUUGGGGUGGUGACAAUAUCAUUUAUACCAAAAGACAUACAGAAAGUACACAAAGAUGUGGUUGUGGAAAAUACAGAUGAUAGUCCUGAGGAGAAUCCAUUUAUAGUCGACCCAGUUUAGGAACUAUAUAAAUUACGAGUAUUUUCAACAGUUUUUAUGUUACAUAUGCUUUAUAGAUUCCGAUAUGCUGUUUUUUCUAUUGAUUAAAACGAAAAACAAAAUGAAUAAUAAAUAGAUAAGAAAUCCAA